AUGUCAGGAAAGAAUAAUAAUGGAGGAAAUACAGAUAGAGAUUCAGAUUUGGGAUCGAACGAAUACCAAUCUACAAAAAAAGUUGAAAGUAACAUAGUCGAAGUACCAGAGUUGCAUUUCCACGAGAAAUAUUCGGCUAUAGAUAUUCCUGUAGUACAGGAGAAGAUUAGAUACGAAACAAAAGAGGUUAUUCAAGAAAGGGAAGUACAUGUAGUGAAGCCAGUUGUGAAAGAGAAAAUAGUUGAAGUUCCAAAAUAUAAAGUUGUAGAGAAGGUCGUUGAGGUUCCCCAGGUUAUUGUUCAAGAAAAGUUGAUUGAGGUUGAAAGAGUAGAAGUUACUACUAAAAGCCGAAAUCCAUCAAGGCCAAUAAGCCCGGUGGAAAAGAAACAAUUAGACAUUGUUACACAAUAUCGUCAAGUUCCAAAACCUGUAGAAGUUCCUAUUGCGUUUUACUCGGCGAUUCCAGUCCCUAUUUUGAUAGAUAGAGCAGUUCCUGUUCCAAUGGAGUUACAAAUCAUUCAAGAUAUAUUAUGUCCAAAGAUUGAAGCAAUCUAUAAGGACAUUCCUAUUCCAGUUCCAGUUAAGAGAACCAUUGAAAAGCCAGUACCAAUUGGUCUAUAUGAUCAACCAGAACUUCUCCAGAAAUACUUACAUGAUCCAAAUGAGCCAUUACCAAAUCCUGUCGCAACCUUAGAACACAUGGCUCAGCAAGCAUCUAUGGCUGCUGCAUUAAACCAACAAAACAUGAUGCAAAUGAUGCAACAACAGAACAGUGUACAAGAGCCUCAAGAGUAA